CCAAUACUCUGGCCACUUGAUGGAAAGAAGUGACUCAUUGGAAAAGACCCUGAUGCUGAGAAAGAUUGAAGAAAGGAUGGCAUAAUGAAUCCAGUCUGUUAAAUUUCCUCUUCUCAAUUUUAAACUUGGUUGCUUAAGACUGAAGCAAUCAUGGUGAGCCUGAAGAAAGCAGUGCACUCAUUCCUUGUGCACCUGAUUGGCCUAUUGGUUUGGCAAUGUGAUAUAUCUGUGAGCCCAGUAGCAGCCAUAGUAACUGACAUUUUCAAUACCUCCGAUGGUGGACGCUUCAAAUUCCCAGACGGGGUACAAAACUGGCCAGCACUUUCAAUUGUCAUAAUAAUAAUCUUGACAAUAGGUGGCAACAUCCUUGUUAUCAUGGCAGUAAGCCUGGAAAAGAAACUGCACAAUGCCACCAAUUACUUCUUAAUGUCCCUAGCCAUUGCUGAUAUGCUAGUGGGACUACUUGUCAUGCCACUGUCUCUGCUUGCAAUCCUUUAUGAUUAUGUCUGGCCACUACCUAGAUAUUUGUGCCCCGUCUGGAUUUCUUUAGAUGUUUUAUUUUCUACAGCGUCCAUCAUGCACCUCUGCGCUAUUUCGCUGGAUCGGUAUGUAGCAAUACGUAAUCCUAUUGAGCAUAGCCGUUUCAAUUCACGGACUAAGGCCAUCAUGAAGAUUGCUAUUGUUUGGGCAAUUUCUUUAGGUGUAUCAGUUCCUAUCCCAGUGAUUGGACUGAGGGAUGAAGACAAGGUGUUCGUCAACAACACCACCUGCGUGCUGAAUGACCCAAAUUUCGUUCUUAUUGGGUCCUUUGUAGCUUUCUUCAUACCGCUGACAAUCAUGGUGAUUACCUACUGUCUGACGAUUCACGUCCUUCGCCGACAAGCUCUGAUGUUACUGCACGGCCACACUGAGGAACCGCCUGGAAUAAACCUAAAUUUCUUGAAAUGCUGCAAGACGAACACCGAUGAAGAGAGCUCUGCAAACCCGAACCAAGAUUUGAACCCACGCCGAAGGAAGAAGAAAGAAAGACGGCCUAGGGGCACCAUGCAAGCUAUCAACAAUGAACGGAAAGCCUCGAAGGUCCUUGGCAUUGUUUUCUUUGUGUUUCUGAUCAUGUGGUGCCCAUUUUUUAUUACUAAUAUUUUGUCAGUUCUUUGUGGGAAGGCUUGUAAUCAAAAGCUCAUGGAAAAGCUUCUGAAUGUGUUUGUUUGGAUUGGCUAUGUUUGUUCAGGAAUUAAUCCUCUGGUGUACACUCUUUUCAACAAAGUUUACCGAAGGGCUUUCUCCAACUAUUUGCGCUGCAAUUAUAAGGCAGAUAAAAAGCCUCCAAUCAGACAAAUCCCGAGAGUUGCUGCCACUGCUUUGUCUGGGAGGGAGCUUAAUGUUAACAUUUACCGGCACACCAAUGAACCAGUAAUUAAGAAAGCUGAUGACAAGGAGCCUGGUAUAGAGAUGCAAGUUGAGAAUUUGGAGCUACCAGUUAAUCCCUCCAAUGUGAUUAGUGAAAGGAUUAGUAGUGUGUAAGAAAGGGCAGCACAGUCUUUUCCUAUGGUAAAGCUACAAAUGUAGGAAAUUGUUCUUUAAUUCUGUUGGUCAUAACCAAUGUAAAUAUUGCUGUAUGAAAAGUGUGUUUUAUAUAUAGCUUUGCAAUCCUGUACUUUACAAUCAUGCUUACAAUAGUGAGAUUUAGGGUUCUAUAUUUACUGUUUAUAACAGAUUGAGAAUAACUUAUUUUGAUUGAUGCAAAAAUCUUGAUUUUCCCCCCUUCCAGCCUUCCUUCCCUCCCUCUUUUUCUUUUUCUCCCUCCUCUCUCUCUUUUUCUUUUGCAUAUAAGGAAACAUUGACGUUCCUCUC